GUAAUUCUUGAUAUGUGAGAUGUGAUAUAGCACGCACUUUCCAUCCUUGAUGUUAUCUGUGCUUAACGGAGGCAGUUUCUUGAAUUCUCGGCCCUUGCCAUGGGUCAUUUUGAGGGUGGACCGGAGACGAUGCGUUCUAUUGGCACAAUGCUUCCUGUAUCGCGUGAAAUCAUUGUACCGGAGACCAUAGGCAGUCCGUUGUUCGUUGGCUAGUUGUAAAGCUGUUGGGGGAUUGCCCAGAGUGAAAGCUGGACGACGUAAUCUGCAAUUUUAUUCUACUGAUGUGUAGAAUGUCACAGUAGGAUAUAGAAGCUGAAAGAGGCUACUCGUCCAAACGCGGCUUGAUCAGUACUUGAAGAAGUGCAAUAUAGCUUUAUCUUCUUUACGACUUUCGAGUAUCUCAAAUGGCAGAAGAAACCUUACCGCCAACUCUGCAAAAUGUUCUGGAUCAAAAGUCCUUGAAAUGGAUAUUCUGUGGUGGUAAGGGUGGUGUCGGGAAAACAACUACCUCGUGUUCGCUAGCCAUCCAACUUGCUCAGUGCCGAGAAUCGGUACUGCUCAUCUCCACCGACCCAGCACAUAAUCUGUCGGAUGCUUUUGGACAGAAGUUCUCCAAAGACGCGACAAAGGUCAAUGGAUUCGAUAACCUGUCCGCUAUGGAAAUCGAUCCUACAAGUGCAAUCCAGGAGAUGGUCGAGCAAUCUGAUUCAAACGGCAUGAUGGGCUCGAUGAUGCAGGAUCUUGCAUUCGCUAUUCCUGGUGUUGACGAGGCAAUGAGUUUCGCUGAGAUCAUGAAACACGUCAAGUCGAUGGAAUAUUCGGUCAUCGUGUUUGACACCGCACCGACAGGUCAUACCUUGCGUUUCCUUUCCUUUCCUACUGUACUGGAGAAGGCCCUGGGCAAACUCAGCACGCUCAGUGGUCAAUUUGGGCCCAUGAUUAGACAAAUGUCGAGUAUGAUGGGCGGUCAGCAGGACUCUCAAGAGGACAUGUUUGCAAAGUUAGAAUCUAUGCGUGCUGUAAUCAACGAAGUCAACACGCAAUUCAAGGACCCUGAAAAGACCACUUUCGUUUGCGUUUGCAUCUCCGAGUUCUUGUCCCUGUACGAGACGGAGCGCCUCGUUCAGGAACUGACGGCUUAUGAGAUCGACACGCAUAACAUCGUCGUCAACCAGCUGCUCUUCCCAAAGACAUCAUCCAACUGCGAGCAUUGUCAAGUACGAAGAAAGAUGCAGCAAAAGUAUCUUUCCGAGGCCCACGAGCUCUACGACGAAUUCUUCCACAUCGUUCAGCUACCAUUACUAACGGAAGAAGUCCGCGGUCCAGAGAAGUUGAAGGAAUUUAGCAAGAUGCUGGUAGAACCAUACGUUCCUAACGUUGACUGAUGAGCUGAGGGAGAUUGACCGGUAAUUCACGGAGCGCGUAUAAUACACCUUACUUCUCGGGCACUGAGCUGCUUUAUACCUGUGAUCCAAUGGCAAGCAUCUCCUGACAUUACUGGUGCACGUCAAUGGUGUGCCGGAGUUUCCUUUCGUGAAGGAUCAGUAAGCCUGUGUAGAUUUCCU